GCUGCUGCAAUCCGCGGGCAUCAGCAAGGCGGCCUCCCUGUCUGUCUACCUGCUGCGGGAGGAGGAGCUGCGGCGGCAGGCGGGCAGGCAGGCAGUCAGGCAGGGGCUUCUUCACUGCUGCUCGGCCCGUGGCCAGGCUCCUCCGCGGGGGAAGGACGGGGCAGCUCUGCAGCAGUCUGCCCAGAUCAGCGCUUUCCAAACAUUUCAUCUUGAUGACACACUUUUUAGACAUGCUUCGUUUCGUGACCCAGUAAUCCAGCAAAGCGGAGGGUGAAACAAUUCCUUAUAAGAGGGCCAUGUAAUCCUCCUGCCUCAUUUGGAUUUCUCAGCUUAGCAGUGCUUGGAAUCGUCCUUCUUCCCCUUGUUCCUUCCUUUUCAGCACCACACCUGACCCAUCUCAUUCUUCCAGGAUGUCCCAGGCUGGAGCUGUCAUGUGUUUUCAUCCUGAGGGAGAGCACAUCAUGUCACCUCAACACUUUGCUCGAGAAUUGGAGAAGAAGCCAUGCCUGUCACCGUCCAAGAAUGCCGAUCCUGCAGCCUUUAUUCCCCAACGCUGUCUCACACCCAAUCUCAAUGCUGGCAGGAUUCACCUUCUCCGCAAGGGACUGACUCCAGAGGCCAGGCGGUCCCAACUGGGGAUGUAUAAUAGCACCGGUUCCCUUAUCCGGAAAGUCACAGAAAUAGGUUACCUUGGCAAUGGCAGUUGUCCCAGCUCUGGAAGGGUGACAGCUCCAUGUACACCACUGAGAAGCAGGCCUCCAUCCUCCCUUUGCUCCCCAGGUAGUCGCACUCCAUUGGUGGCCCCAGUCUCUGGUGGCCAGAGCUCAGUAGUGACCUUCCGCUUUAUUGAAAAGGCCAAUGUAAAAACUUUAAAUGGCCUCCCAUUACUAGGUUCCAGGAAGGAAACUGGAUUGACCAGGAGUCUAGAGUAUGGGGAUGCCCCUCACUUUGGCUCCAAUAAGCAAGGCAGUCAUUGUCCCACUGUUCAAAAUCAUUGUUCCCCACAGCACAAAGUCACAGUAUCUCUAGAACCUGUGGCUCUAGAUACAAACCAAAGUUUCAGACAGAAAACAGAUGAAUACAGUAUGGCCAUUUCUGGCUCUAAAGAUGAGCAAAUCCCAAUUCCCCUCAGUAGUAGAGGAAAGGAACAUGUUGGUCAAAAGCUGAAGCUGGAGACAUCUGCUUCAGACCCUCUGUUGGCUGGAAAUAGGUUUCUUUCAGGUGCACAAUCUUCUUUGAGCCUGGGCAAUGGAAGCCCACAUCCUCUCAAUGCCAGCUGUCUUUCCAGUUCUCUCACCAAUGGAAUGAGCAGCCCUUCUAAUGAUAUCUCAUUGUUGAGGAGAGGCCCACAGAGUGGGAACUCACAAUACCAGGGAAACUCAUGGACAUAUUCCCGAGAGAGCUCUGCUCAUGCACAGCGCAUUGCCAAAGCCAAAUGGGAAUUUUUCUAUGGCUCACUGGAUUCUCCAGGGACAGGAGUAUCACCUCAGAAUAGACCUGAUCCUCUACCUCAUCUUCUUAAGAAAUCCAGCCCUCCAUUGCCACUGAAACAAGACUGGAUGCAUCCAGAACAUAACUUGUGUCACGUAGAGGUAGAAAUUGAGAUGGCCCCACCAAGUAGUCCAAACCCUGGAAACUGUGAAACUGGAAUUAUCCGCAGAACACUGAAGUAUUCUGAAACAGACCUGGAUUCUGUACCCUUGCGAUGCUACCAUGAAACCAACAUUGAUGACAUCUUGGCUGAAAAAGAUGAAGUGGAUUCAGCCAUUGAGAGUCAGAAGGACAGUGAGAGCAAUCCCAGUUUCACAGGAAUAUUGGGGAAAGGAAAUAAUGUUCCAGAGGACCAGUUGAUUCAGCACACUAGGGAAAAUGAUGAUGGCAAGUGUUUAAGGAAUAAGAUCCAAGACAUUGAAAAUGAUGAGGUAUUUGAAGUUACACAGCAGCAUCAUGAGAGGAUCAUCAACAGAGAAGGCCAAGGGUUGCUCAAGUCCCCUGUGCCCUUCCUUCUUGGGCACAGCUUAUCCAGGGAUGGCAUGGAUUCAUUCAGCAAGCAUUUUGAGAGCAUCAUGGAGUCCCACCGAGCCAAAGGGACGUCUUACACCAGCCUAGAUUCCAUUGACAUCCUGUCCUCCCCAGCUCACACACAUAGUGGGACAUACUUUACUUUUGAUCUGCCUACUCUCACCCCAGAAAUACAAGAGCAAAUUCGAGAUAGUGCCAAACUCAUUGAACAAAACUUUGCCCCACUGGCCCCUGUAGAGCCAGAUUCUGGAACGAGCUCUGCCACUGAUGCUCCCUGGACUGAGCGCGAAGAGGAGCCACAAGGAGGCAGGAAAGGUGUCUUGCAGAGUCCCUGCCAUUCUGAGGACAGCUUGGGAAUCCCCCUGGCCUCCAUCUUAAGUGAGCAUCCUCUAAGUCACUUGGUCUCUGACUCGGAUUCUGAGAUGGACAGCACCGAGCAACUAGCCCUGGGCAGCACAGACACGCUCUCCAAUGGGCACAAGGCUGAUCUGGAGGCAGCUAAGCGUCUGGCAAAGAGGCUCUACAAUCUGGAUGGUUUCAAAAAAGCAGAUGUAGCCCGGCACCUGGGGAAGAAGUACGUUAAUGAUUUUAGUAAGAUGGUCGCAGGAGAGUAUCUCAAGUUCUUUGAAUUCACUGGAAUGAGUUUGGAUCAAGCUCUGAGGUCCUUUCUGAAAGAGCUGGCCCUUAUGGGUGAGACCCAGGAGCGGGAGCGAGUCUUAGCUCAUUUUUCACAGCGUUACUAUGAGUGCAAUCCUAAAGCUAUCUCUUCUGAGGAUGGAGCCCACACGCUGACGUGCGCAUUGAUGCUGUUAAACACUGACCUUCAUGGACAUAAUAUUGGGAAGCGAAUGUCCUGCUCAGAUUUUAUUGGAAACCUGGAAGGACUCAAUGAAGGAAGUGAUUUCCCCCGGGAGCUUCUCAAGGCACUGUAUAGCUCCAUCAAGAAUGAAAAGCUGCAGUGGGCCAUAGAUGAAGAAGAACUGCGCAAGUCCCUUUCGGAAUUGGCAGACCCCAACCCAAAGUCCAUCAAACGCAUCAGCAGCUGCAGCAAUCCUUUCCUGGACUUCUCACAGGAUCCCAGCAUCGCCACGUACAAAUAUGGUAUCCUGGUGCGCAAGAGCCAUGCGGAGCCUGACUGCAAAAAAACCCCAAGAGGAAAGAGGGGUUGGAAGACUUUCCAUGGAAUCCUGAAGGGAAUGAUCCUCUAUUUGCAAAAGGAGGAAUAUAAGCCUGGUAAAGCCCUUUCAGAGGAAGACCUUAAGAAUGCCAUUAGUAUCCAUCACUCCUUGGCCACCCAAGCAUCCGAUUACAGCAAGAGACCAAACGUAUUCUACCUCAGGACAGCUGACUGGAGAGUCUUCCUAUUCCAGGCUCCUAACACAGAACAAAUGCAUUCCUGGAUCACACGCAUCAACGUGGUAGCAGCCAUGUUCUCCGCACCCCCAUUUCCAGCUGCUAUUGGGUCCCAAAAGAAGUUCAGCCGCCCAUUGUUGCCCAGCUCCAUCACACGACUGUCUCAAGAGGAGCAAGUGAAGAACCAUGAGACCAAAUUCAAAACGAUGGCAGCUGAACUGCUAGAGCACCGCUCUUCCCUACCUGAGAAGAAAGUGAAGGGCAAAGAGUAUGAAGAACUGAAGCAGAAGGAGGAGUAUCUGAUAUUUGAGAAAUCACGCUACGGUGUCUAUGCUACAUUGAUGCGGGCCAAGCUGAAGACUGGUUCCGAGGACCUGGCAGCAUUGGAGGCUGCCCUGUUUGAUGCCGCAAGUAGUGCCGAGGACAACCUCAAGAAAUCCCAGUCCAGCCAUUCUGUGGACCAGGAGCCAGCAGGCACAGGGCCUCGGAUCAAGCGCAACAGUCGACAAGCUGCCGGCAGUCUGCAGAAAUCCUAGAAGGGCCUGGUGCCUGCAAAGAGAGCAGAUGCCCAUCCCGUAAACUUGCAUGACUUCAUCCUCUGUGGACACAGUAGGAGGUCGGAGGGCAGCUUCCUGCGGACCAGAUCCUGUGCCAGCUUCACCAGCCAGGAAGAGGAGCGGUGUCCGAUCUUGCCCACAGUCCCUGUGUGUGCAGCUUUCCCUGGUCUCACAAGACUCUGGUUCCUGCAUGCUUCAAGCAGUCAAAGACCACACGGGUAACAGAGCAACGGGGCUGCUCUCGAGAUCACACAGGGGUAUCACCACAGAAAGGACCUUUUCCCAUUUCUUUCAAACAUAUGAGGGGGAGGGGUGUCUGGCUGCUCUACACUGCACCCUUUCCUUGCCAGUUUCUUACAGUUCUUGUGAUACAACAUUUUAAAAUUUUUAGUACCUGAUAAAAGUUGCAUCACGCUGAGUUAGGGAUAAUCCUGCUGCUGCUGCUACUAAAAUGACAGACACUUCCUACACUUUGUCAGCAGUUUUGCCUAGUUUGGGGGAGAGGGCCCCAUUCCUCCUGCAGACACAAUGCUUGCACUGGCUGCCUACAGGAGAACCAGCACCUCCUGCAUGGAUGCACACUUCCUUCACCACCAGCAACAGUCCUGGACUGGCUCAAUUAUUUUUCCACCAGCAUGUGCGGGACCUAGCUUCACCCUGAUACUCCUUCAGCACUUAACAGAAUCGGCCAGGGUUUGCAAUGCAGCCAGCAUUAACAGGGUUUUACAAAGGGAUAGUGGAUGCCUCCAAGCUGGCAGCCUGCCAAAGCCAUAGCAGGGUGGCCCAUGAGCACACCUCCCUGUUGAAUCCCUCUCCCCACUCCCCGUACAGAUCACUGUGGAUGAUGGGCCUUGCUGGCCCCACUAGAGCCUGGCUUUCAUAGGACUCUUGUGAAUUGCACGGAUCUGAAUAGAUGAGCCAAGUGGCAUUGCUCUCUGAAGACCUAGCUCGAGAGAAAGUAGAGACAUUAUCCAGCCUGGGGAUGACGGGUGUGUAGUUGUGGGUGGGGAUGGCUUCCGAAACUGCCAGGAGCACUUCCACUCCCCAGACCUUUGCCUACCAAAAGAAAGAAGGAAAGCUGGUGCCCUUACAGCCCCUGUACAGACAACCUGCUCUCUUAACUUUGAAUUUCAAAGGGCUCCAAGGCUACAUCUCCAAUACUUGAUAACAACUGCAUGUAUGCAGUGGAAAAAGAAAGCCCUAGAUCAUGGCAUAGAGGGAGCCAGAGAAAUCAAUGGAGUCUGCACACACGGAAGGCCUGAGGUUACCUCUAUGGUAUGAGUGGGAGGAGAAUGUCCACCCACUAGUGGAAGGGGCUGGUUGUUUCCAGCACUGACUCUCUGAAUGUGUCAAUUUUUUAUUCUACUCUUGAGUUGACUGUAAAAACAAACCCUAAAGAGCUUUGUACAGUUUCUUCCUUCAUUUACUGCAGUAAAACCUAUACAAGCACCUAGA